AUGCCCAACUUGGUAGAACAACAGUUUCUAGCACAGUCAUUCGUUGGCAAAUUUGAGUUUUUGUUGGCCCAGGCCAAUGAUUGGUUCCGUAGUGAAAACAAGAAUAUCUUUACAUGUGCAGCGUGCUCGUGCCAGGGAACGAUCACUCGACGCUUGACCGGCCCCGCCGCUGCUCAAAAAGUCAACCAAGUGCAGGACACAGGAGGCAGACCGGCAGAGACAACAGAAUCGAGAAGACCCGAUAGAUCAUUCGUUUUUGUGGUCCGAAAAGCCUCAAAUAUCUACGCAGCCCCGCGCACAAUUGUUCCGGUGAAGUUGGGGUGCCCGAAGGCGCGGCUCAAGGGUAAAGCUCGCAAACAGGUUCAGAAGACACAGCAGCCUGUAAGGCCCAAGGAGGGUAAAUGCACCCUGGCGAUCAAAGAUUUCGUCCCUAUGGCCGAAUGUAAUGUCAAACAAGCUGAUGCGAAGAUCCAGGGAUACUUGCCCAGGACACUCGACAGAGUCAUCGAGGUGCGCUACACGUUCGUGUCGAAAGUUGGUUUUAUGGGACAGACUGUUAGAUACGGCAAGUAA